AUGGCUUCACCCGUUGUAAACACUGCUUUCAAGACCCGUAAGAGCAUUCGACAAAUAUUUAACUAUACGAAUCUCCAACAAUGCAGGCUUCAAUCCUCAACCACGACUCAUACCUUCAUUGACAGCGAAAAGGGCAAAGAGGUGUCGGUUCUCAUUCCCGCAAAGCCUGAGUCUGCUCCCUUUUCGGCACCUCCAUUGGCGCGACUGUCCACAGCGAGCAUUCUUCGGACAUUGGUGUUGAGCGCAUUUUUCACGACUCCAUGGCUCUUUAAACCGGGCUUUGCGGCGUUUGAGAAAGUCGCUAAUUCGCAGUCCCCGUGGCUUAACCCGGACCGGAAUCCCUUGUUGCGGUCGGCGAUAUAUCCCCUCGUUUACAAGCAAUUUUGUGCAGGCAGGAAUCCGGCCGAGAUCGCGCGAACUUCAGCGGAUGUCAGAAAGCUGGGCUUCUCCGGUAUCGUGCUCUGUUAUGGGAAAGAAGUGCAGGUCCGUGAACACGCGGACGAAUCUGUAGGCUGUGGCAAGGAGAAACCGAAUUCCAUGGACAUGGAAAUUGACCAGUGGGCGGAUGGAAACAUGAAGACGUUGGACAUGAUUGCAGCGGGAGACUGGCUCGGUAUCAAAUUCACUGGGGCGGGCACGAAGAUCACAAAGGCACUCAUGGACGGGGAUGAGGCUCCAGCCAAGUUCAUGGAGGCCAUGGACAGGAUUUGCGAGUAUGCUGCCUCCAAAGGUUGCCGUAUAUGGAUCGAUGCCGAGCAGCAGGUGUUGCAGGCGACCAUAGAUGAAUGGACGUUCGACUUGAUGCGUCGGUAUAAUCGACCUGGAAGUCCGGCUCUGGUAUACAACACCAUUCAGGCGUAUCUGAAAUCAGCGCGACACAAAGUACAACACCAAUUGGAGCUUUCUCAGAGGGAAGGUUGGCGGCCGGCGAUCAAACUUGUCCGAGGGGCUUAUAUCGCCAAUGAGAUGCGUGCCAGAAUACACGAUACCAAAGAAGAUACCGAUGCGUCGUACAAUGGUAUCGUGGAGGAUCUUCUCCGCGGGAAUUUCCAGGCACAGGCCGACCUCCAUCAGCAACAACAUGACGCAGAAGAGGUUGAUCUUCUGCUCGCCGGCCAUAAUAUCGAGACUAUUCGAAAAGCAGCUCGGCUGGCCUCCGAACUUGCAAGACAAUCGAGAUUGAAAGUGCGACUUGAGUUCGGACAGCUCCAAGGCAUGGCGGAUGACAUCGGUUGCGAGCUCCUUCAAGCCGCAGACGAGGUCAAGGCGGAAAAGUCCUCCCCCAUGGCUAACACCUAUAUUCCCAAGGUGUACAAGUGUCUGACCUGGGGCAGCAUUCAGGAAUGCAUGCAAUAUUUGGUUCGCAGGCUCGUUGAAAAUCGAGGUGCGGCUGAACGAAUGAAGGUCGGCGCGGCGCAGUUCAGAAGAGAGCUCUGGCGCAGGGUCGGCGUCCGGUCCUAG